AAAAGAGUGAGUUAUCUUCCUUCGAAAUUGUUCUACAUCGAUCGCAAUGCCAGGAAUGUCGUGGUCCUACUGUUGUGCCAAACUGUGUACCAAUUCUCCUAAAAUGGGGUGCGUAACCAGCCAAGAGGAUAAAGCUGCAGUGGAGCGAUCAAAACAAAUUGACAAAUCCCUGCGUAUGGACGGAGAGAAGGCAGCGCGAGAAGUUAAAUUGCUGCUGCUUGGGGCUGGUGAAUCAGGAAAAAGUACUAUUGUUAAACAAAUGAAAAUAAUUCAUGAAAAAGGAUACUCACAAGAAGAAUGCUUACAGUAUAAACCUGUGGUGUAUAGUAAUGCCAUCCAAUCUAUGAUAGCUAUCAUCAAAGCAAUGGGACAGUUAAAAAUUCAGUUCGGACAUCCUGACAGAGCCGAAGAAGCUCGACAAUUCUUUGCAUUGGCAGGCCAUGCAGAUGAAGGAGAAAUGUCACAAGAGCUUUCUGGUAUAAUGAAACGGCUUUGGAAAGAUGUGGGCGUUCAGGAAUGUUUCAGCAGGUCAAGGGAAUAUCAGUUGAAUGAUUCUGCCGAGUAUUACCUGAACGCUUUGGACCGGAUUUCUGCACCUGGCUACAUCCCAACAGAACAAGAUGUUUUGAGGACAAGAGUGAAAACUACAGGAAUAGUUGAAACACAUUUUACAUUUAAAGAUCUUCAUUUCAAAAUGUUUGAUGUUGGCGGUCAAAGGUCUGAGCGCAAGAAAUGGAUCCAUUGCUUUGAAGGUGUUACGGCCAUCAUAUUUAUUGUGGCAAUGAGCGAAUACGAUUUGACUUUAGCAGAAGAUCAAGAAAUGAACCGAAUGAUGGAGAGUAUGAAACUGUUUGACUCUAUCUGCAACAACAAAUGGUUCACUGAGACCUCCAUUAUUCUGUUCCUCAACAAGAAAGAUUUGUUUGAAGAGAAAAUAAAAAAAUCACCUUUAACAAUUUGUUUUCCAGAGUAUACAGGUGCUAAUACCUAUGAGGAAGCCGCGGCCUAUAUUCAGCUCCAGUUUGAGAAUCUGAACAAAAAGAAAGACACUAAGGAGAUAUAUUCCCACUUCACUUGUGCCACUGACACCAACAAUGUACAGUUUGUCUUUGACGCUGUCACCGAUGUCAUUAUAAAAAAUAACCUUAAGGACUGCGGCCUUUUCUAACCCAAUGAAAUAACCAGAUGAGAUCCAAGGACAAGAAGAGAGAAAUCCAGACCAAGAAAACUGAGAUUUGUGUUACCAUACUGCAUCUCUCUCUCUCAAUACAUGCAAAGUAAGGAGUUGGCAACACAAAGACAGCACCCCAGUUUGAACAGUGGAACACAACCAAGUCAUUUUGUUUUUACAUUUUCCUUUAUUCUAACUCAUUGGUUUAUUUCCAUUGGAUGACAUGGGAUUGGUAGUCCUCAAGACAUUAAUUGCCCUUUAAAUUAAAACAGAAAAAUAUCAUGAUUUUAAUUUCAAGAAAUGUUUUGAAAGCUUUAGCUAGUGAAUUUUGAUGCUGAUGUAAAAUAAGGACGAUCUUUUUGUUUUAGACAAAAGUGAUAAUAGCCCCUGCUAAUUAGCUUCAUAGUUUUACAUACUGCUAGCCAAAUCAGCUUUAGGUGGAACAUCAGCAUACUGUCAUCUUCAGAGUGACUUCAUCUAAAUUCUUGAAAAUAGUUCAUUGCGUCUGGCUUGGUUUAAAAACAAAUGUUUCUAAGAAUAGCUACUCUUUAUUGUCAACUCUAGAGACUUGAUGUAUUCCACUCCCCAGAGUUCUGCUUUGUCCAUGUCUUUUUUUUUUCCAUCCUGUCCCUCUCCUUGGAAAUGAAAUGUUUCUUGUGUCACCGCCCCCCUCCCCUCCUUUUUGAAAUAUCUUCUGUCUUAUUUGGCUUUGUUCAUUUGAUCAAAUUGAGGUUGGAGCCCUGGAAAAGGAAGACUGGAGAUUAUUUUAUUUUAAGACAAUGGAUUUCAUGUUGUGAUAAUUGAUUCUUUUAAUAAGGGAAAGAUAAGAUGUAAGGCUUUUAUUGAUCACAGGUAGAUGGCAUUAUUAAAACUACAAAUCAGCAUGUCUCUCUUACCAUCUGUGCUUCUUUGUUUCCAGUGUAUGUUGUCAUUAGUGCUCUUUGAAAAACAAAAGUUAAUAUCAUCACAGAAAUGAACUGGCAGAUUGUAAAGUAGAAAAACCAUUUGGCUGCAAAGAUAGAGACUAAGCAGUGCAGGAGAAUUUGUUCAUAGUUUCAAAAUUCCUGUUCAGUUUUUGGUGGUGAAACUGGGUGAAUGUGGCUUUGAAUGUUAUUUUGUUUGGCUGGUGUCUUCUCAUAUCAUUUCAAAAUGUUUUAUUUCUAUGGGCACAGUUGAUCUAGACACACUUAUGUCAAGGGAGCAAAUCAAGGAAGUGAAAGGGACACAACUUUAAAUUAUCUGCAUGUUUGCUUUCUUUUAUUUUUGCAAUUUUGUUGGUUUUUAUUUGCCCUCUUCUUUUGUUUUAUUGACUUCUCUGCUUUAAAACCAAUGGUAUUAAGGACAGUCUUCAUAAUACAGUUCUCCUACAUGGUAAGGAAGACCGUUGCAUAUACUGUAUAUAGGUCGUGUACAUUAGUGGUGGGAAUGAAUGGAUUGUUGAACAGAUGUUAUUUAUAUUCAGUGUUCCAUGGACAUGUUGUCUUGUCUUUGAGUGACCUCUCUGUAAUCAUCUAGAGAAUGAUAUGGUUGUCCUCCUACCAUCAACAAUGAGCUGUCCUCAUGAUCAGUUGUUAUAUAUAUAUAUAUUUACACAAUCUUUCUUGCCAAUGUAUGAUGAAUUCAGAGGUCAGGCUGAUGGAUGUAUGUUUGUUUCUCUACUUCCCCUUUCAAGUGAAGACAUUGAAGUCACUCAAACAGUUUUGUAGUAACUUCUUCUAGCUAGAUACUCUCUUAGUCCACUAGUUGACUAUCAUGUGAAAGUUAAAUAUAAACUUGGUCUUGACUAGACUUUGACAAGACAAACAUUGACAGAUGACUGGAUAUUGAUGUUGCUUGACUUGACUAAUUUUAAACUUUUGGACUGAUUUAUAUUUACAAGAUUUCAUUGGAUCAUUUCUUCAUUCAAAAAGCUUGUUGACUGGAAGUACAUAGUGUUAGGUUUUGUGUUGCUUUGUUGUCUGACUUGACAUCUAAUUUCUUGACUUGUUUAGAUACCAUGGAGAGACAUUCACAUCAUUUCAUUGGAUCAUUUCUUCAUUUAAACAAAACUUAUACAGACUGUAAUGAUUUCAUCAAUAAUUGUUAGGUGUCAGCCAGCCUUUUGUUUCACAUUAUCAUUAGGAUUGUUAUUACAGCCUUAAGCCCGAUGUUUGGCGACCUGCCCAAUGAGAUGCUUGUUUUUUUGUUUGACCCCCGCGGCUGUGGUCUGGCUUCCUUUUAGUUCAUCAGAUCUGAACUCAUUACAUCAAUAUACAUUGGGAUCUGCAUCUACUAUUUUUUUAAUUUUUAUUUUGUUUCUUUGAAAAUAUUGUGCUAUUUUUUUAUAAGCUUGCUGAGGAUACACUGGGUAAACAUGACAGCAUUAAUUUCAAAAUUAAUUUUUUGUUAAUUAAAAUAUAUACAAUUGAAAUAAACAAUUAGGAAUAUAUUAGCUGUUGACUAAGUUUAUAAUUUACGAGUUUUAUUUGCUCAUAAAUUUGUUUUUUUUUUGUUUUUUUUUAAUUUUCAUUUGUUCUCCUAUUAGUUGGAAUGUAAAUUUUGUUGCUAGAUUUUUUUCAAAGUUUUAUCAUUCUCUCAUUUUUAUACAAUUUUAUUAUAUACAUUUUAUAUUGCUGAAAACUAAAGGUUAAAUGCAUUUUUGACUGUUAUAAACUAAUACAUUGCAUACAGUCCCUUAUAAUGCUUGCUCUACAAAAUAUGAACUCAUUCAAGAGCCAUUCCAGCAUAUUUUUAUACUUCCUAUUUAAUACUAAAAUCAAAUGUGUCAACUUUUUUUUUUGUACAUUAUAAAGGGGUAGUUGGCAUUCAGUGUUUGGCAGUUGGCAGACAUUUAAGCAGUGCUUUUUUUUGUGACACUUUCUCAAUGUGGGGAAAAAAUUAUGACUUUUCUUGUAAUUUAACGUUUAUUAUUAAUUUAUCAGUAGUUAAAAGUUAAGCAAUCCAUCACUGAGUAUCGGCACCUAUUUUUUUGUAUUUACAAAAAAAAAGCACUGUAUUUAUGUAACAUGUUAGCUACAGUUGUAACUUAAGUCAAGUGCAUUGCUCAGUCUUAAGAUGUUUUAAAAUGUAAUUGUAGUUCUUCAGUUUAUUUUCUUUUUUCUUUCCAUUUCUGUGUUCUAUUAAACAAUAACCAUACAGCAGAUUAUAUAGCAGGUGCAUAGGACUUUGUAUAGUAGCUAUUGAAAUCAUUUAUUGUAGUCACACUUGCAUCUAGACUCCUCCAAAGUCUGGCAAGGAUAUGUAGAGCUGUUGAACCGUAGCCAAUAGCGCUGACCUAAACAAAACAAACAACAAUGUUGGUUGAACUUGCUCUCAGUCAUCUCCUAGUCUACUCAUGGCUGGGGGAAGGAGCUGUGGUGUCACUAGUAAAGUCAUCAUCACCAUUUCCUAUUUCCUACAAAAACAACAACACACAGAUUUAAUGGUCAAAAAAUUGAUUAAACAUGUGCAAAAGAAAAAAAAAUUCACACCAUUAGUUUGCUGGUUUGAGAGAAAACUUGUUGGUGCUUUUUUGUUUAUAUAGUUAAAGGUUUGAACCUAAACUUUCUAUGAUAAAUUGUAGUCAUUGCUUAGUGUUAUAUUGCUUGAUGCUGGUAAAUACCUCACUACAAAAACAUUUCAGUUUGUAUGACAACAGUGAAACAGUUUAGUGUCACUUGCCCACAUCUCUCUUGGAAGUCUUGUUCAUGUGACUCUUUGAUAGUCCAACACAUUCAGUGCUCACGUUUUUAAAGUACAGCAAACUUUUGGUCAUUUAGCUUUUUGUUCAUUUGCCCCCCUCCAAUCCUGGAACAGACUAUUUAGAGUCCAUCGUAUUUCUCUUAUGUAUAAAUGAAUCUGGCUUAGUUCUUGUGUGAGGGAUAAGUUCUGUCUAGUCACAACUCACUCAUUUCCUUAUCUAUGUACAUAGGCAUACUGGUCUGUAUCUAUAAAUAAAUGUCAGCUGACCCAACUUGUCACAGGGUUAUGUUUCUUGUACUUCAUCAUUGUACCUUUUUGUUUUGUGGUGGCCAGAUUUUUGCAUUAUAGAAGUCCUAUCAAAUUAUUGAGUAGAACUUGACAAAAUUGUUCUUUCAAAUCCCAGUGCUAAAAGUAGGACAGAAUAACUCUUUAAAGUAAAGAAAAAAAAAUUCCUUUAAGGCUUAGACCAAGAAGUCUGUGGGAUAUUUAUUUGAAAUUGUACACAUACGAAUAUCUACAUUCAUAGAUGGACCCAAAUGUUUAACUUGCGUUUUCUUUCAGUAAGUUUCCACUAACUUCACUUAUACUUUUAGCACUUCCCAUAGUUCAGCAGUUUGUAUUAAAUACUGGCUCCUAGUUAAUAUAUGUACAUCUUCUACAGUCUAGAAAUGUCAAAGUACUCUUGUUCUGUGGUCAUAAUACAUUUGGUCAUUUAUCUAUUCACAUUAUUAUUGCAUCUAGGGAAUUGACAAAAAAAAAUUCCAUUCUCUAUAUUUGUGUGUUUGUUCAUUUGUGUGUAUGUGUAUGUUGUAUCAAUUCUGUUUUUGUUUUAUAUUUAGAUCAAGAUUUGCUUCUGUUAAUGUAGUAUCAUGGUGGCCGUAGUGUGAUAACUUCCUCCUCCUCCUCCCCACAGAUGUCUGCUUCUACUAGCCUCUGUCCAUUUCAUCAGCCUAUCACUCAUCUCUUUGGAUGUGUACUCUAUGGCAGGCCUUCCUACUUCUUCAUUGGCAAAAGCAAAUUGUAAAAGUUAUUUUGAAACAAAACAAAUUUGUAUUGACCAGAAUUGUGUCAUUAAAUAGAGAAAAGCAA